AUGUCUAGAAUAAUAAAAGAAUAUAAAACUAUACAAAAACAAUUGAAUAACAAUCGUAACAAUCAAGAUGAUGAGUUCAAUAACAUCAUAGUCUCAUUAGCACCGAUUGAUCCCGACCAAGAUCUCACCAAAUGGGAAGCCGUAAUCAAAGGUCCACAAGGGACACCUUAUUACGGAUUCAAUUUCAUUUUAUAUAUAACUAUCCCACAAGAAUACCCCACUGUACCACCGUUUUUUGAAUUCCAACCUCGCUCGAUGCCCCAUUGUAACGUGAAUUACAACACGGGGGAGAUAUGUCUCGAUAUAUUGAAACAAGAUCAUUGGACCCCCGUUUGGAAUCUUAUGAGUACGUUGAAGGCUAUCUGGUUACUUUUAAAAGACCCGGUACCUGAAAGUCCAUUGAAUGUAGACUUGGCUAAUUUAUUGAGAUUUGGAGAUUUAAGCGCGUAUAAUGGGUUAAUUAACUAUUAUUUAAAUAUCAAUGUAGUAUAA